AUGACGAAAAUCUUGAACGCCGUCAUUUUUGUUGCGGCACUUUUAUCAUCCGUCACCUCAUUAGUCAAUGCGCUCGGUGGUUCCGCUACCACCGUCUCUGUAACCUACGGCGGCGCGACUCCCACCGUCUGUGGCAUCGUCGCUGGUCAACCGAGUCAACGAAUUCAAUGCUGGCGUAACGGGACGGUCUUCAACGCCUUCUAUAACAUCUCUUUCGAGUCCAUCGCCGGCGGUCGUGAUGUAUUCUGCGGCGUAAGGUCCGGCGGAUCCACACUCGUCUGUUGGGACUCUAGCUUAAUUCCAAAACGUAUUUACUACAAUGAAACAGUACUCUUACGGAAUUUAGCCAUAGGCGACGCACAAAUAUGUGCAAUUACGAAUAGUAGUGAUCAAAACGUUGAUUGUUGGAGGAGCAACGCAGCGAUUCCUUCUCAAAAUCAUCAGUUCCGCUCGAUUUCGUCGGGAUUAGGGUUCACCUGCGGUGUCGCAAACACCAGCGAGAUAAUCUGUUUUGGGAGCAAUUCAGCGUCGGCGAGUAAUAUUCAAGGUAACUUUACGAAUUUUCGCCUGUUAACUAUCGCCGUCGGCGGUGACCACGCCUGUGGAGUAAACACUACUGGCUUUUUGAUUUGUAGAGGUAAUAACGAUUACAAUCAGACUAAUGUACCAGAUCAUUCACCAUUUGAGUUUUCUUCCCUGGCACUUGGUGCGAAUCAUACUUGCGCGUUGCGAAGAUUAGAUAAUUCUGUAGUUUGUUGGGGUGGAAGAGGAGGGGCUUUGGAUAAUGAUACAGCUAGGGUUUCGUUCGAAACGAUUGUUGCUGGAUUAGAUUUUACCUGUGGGUUAACAACUAACAAUUUCUCUGUAAUUUGUUGGGGAGAAGGAUGGGUUAGAAGUAAUUCGAAUCCCCUAGGUUUUGAGCUUCCAUUGAAAGGAAUUCUUCCAGGUCCUUGUGUUCAAUCUGAUAGUUGUGACUGUGGCAUAUAUCCCCAAUCGGAACAACUUUGUUCUGGUUAUGGAUCCAUAUGUAGGCCGUGUGAUAUAGCCACUUUGGCUCCACGGCUUCCGCCACCACCACCACCAACACCACCGUCUCUACCUACUAAUCCGCCAAGGUCUCCACGCUCAAAACGGUUGACAAGAGGUUUAUUGGCAUUUGCCAUAGUUGGAUCAGUAGGAGCUGUCGCAGGCAUCUGCACCAUAAUUUACUGUGUAUGGACUGGUGUUUGUUUCGGCAACAAGAAGAUUCACAACUCUGUACAACCGACAAUCACCAACACUAAUCCCUAUGCGCCUCGACCUUCAGCUAACAAUCCAAUCUCAAGAUCAUCAACUAUCCGGCGACAAUUCUCCAGAGGUUUCCGGCGACAAAGAAGCGGGACAUCUUCUAAACAAGCAACAGACAAAGAAGAAGAAUUCACAUUCGCUGAUCUUGCUCUCGCCACAAACAACUUCGCCCUUGAGAACAAAAUCGGUGCAGGGAGUUUUGGCAUCGUGUACAGAGGCAAACUCUUAGAUGGGCGUGAAGUCGCCAUUAAAAGAGGUGAAACAAGCGAUAAAAUAAAGAAAUUUCAAGAGAAAGAAAGCGCAUUCGAUUCAGAAUUAGUCUUCUUAUCUAGACUUCAUCACAAACACUUGGUGAAACUCGUUGGGUAUUGCCAAGAAAGAGAAGAAAGACUUUUAGUUUAUGAUUUCAUGAAAAACGGAGCUCUUUAUGAUCAUUUACACGACAAGAACAACGUCGAGAAGAGUAACAGCUUGUUGAAUUCAUGGAAAAUGAGAAUCAGAAUCGCUUUAGAUGCUGCCAGAGGUAUCGAAUACCUUCAUAAUUACGCAGUUCCUCCGAUAAUCCACAGAGACAUCAAAUCAUCCAAUAUUUUGCUGGAUUCAAAUUGGGUCGCUAGGGUUUCUGAUUUCGGGUUAUCUCUAAUGGGCCCGGUUUCCGAUCGCGAGUACAGACCGACAAAAGCCGCCGGAACCGUCGGCUACAUCGAUCCAGAAUAUUACGGACUCAACGUGCUGACGGCGAAGAGUGACGUGUACGGUCUCGGCGUUGUACUGUUGGAGCUUUUGACUGGCCGGAGAGCAAUUUUCAAAAGCAGUGAAGUUAACGGUGGUGCGCCGAUAAGCUUGGUGGAUUAUGCUGUGCCUAUAAUUAUGGCCGGAGAACUUGCGAAGAUAUUGGAUAAAAGGGUGGGGCCGCCGGAGGUAAUGAGGCGGAGGCGGUGGAGCUGA